CUGUGUACCUAUCAGUAAAUUAAAAGCUCGUCUUCAAUUUCAAAAAUAAUAAUAAUACAUUUGAGAAGUUUGAUUAGUUUUUAUUGGCUACUCAGCGCGAGUAGUCCAAUAGGUAUAAAUAGUGGUAAAAAAAAUGGCUUUGAGUCGGCAGAGACAAAGAUUCGGUAGAGUUGUGGGAUUUAUAGUAAUGUUUCAAGGUGUAGCAUGGUUCACCCUGUGCCUACUUGGGAUUAUCGUAAGAAAAACGCCGCCAGAUAGUAUGAUGCAAGUUGUUACCUCGUACGAAAGCUACUCAUAUUACCUUUCCAGGAUAAUCUACCAAGAAUUUUUCGGUAAAAGCACCAGAACUUACACCAAAGUAAUUAGACCUGCCGAUUUCGAAGCCUUCCUUUGGAUCUACGUUGUUCUUAGUGCAAUUUGGGUGGUGGCUUCAAUUGACCAAAAUUUUGCUCUGAGACAAAAGAAAAUAAGUCACAGUCACCUCGCUUUAGUGCUCGGAGUGACCCUAUUGGUGACUUCAGUAAUUGAUCUGGUACUCGUAUGCUUGCUGGGAAGAGAUUUUUUUAAUUGUCCCUUAGAUCUUGUCCUAACAACCGAAGCCAUAUCAACGACUACAGUUGCGACAGUGAAAACACCCCUAGACUGUCAACUAGCUAUUGGAAUUAUCAUGACGCUGGCUGCCAGAGGAUACGUUUUAUGGUUGCUUAACGCUGUGACUGGAAUAUGUUUGAUUUUUUUUUCUGCCAAAGCUCUAAAAAAACCAGCUCUUCUCGCUUACGGAAACAAAACAAUUCCAAGAGCCAAACUUGAAGACACGACAGCCCGAAAUAAAAAAGCUCGUUCUCCGGCGAACAGCAGCGAUUUGGUAUUCUACGGUGAUGAAAGGGACACACCACCAAUACAAGAUCCGAGAACUAGAGGCUCAAUGCCUGCUGCGUUGAACAACAAAAACCAAAAUAUUUAUUUUUGAAUCACCAUUGAUUGAUUGAAUCGAGUUUGGUAUAAAAUUUAUUUAUUUUAUUUAUUUAAAUAAAGUUUUGUUUGUUAUUAUAAGUAUAUGCUUUG